CGGUGGCGGUAUGGAUGGUGUCGUCCUCGCCGUGGUCGUCGUUCUCGUACAAUAUGCCACGGGAUCGCUGAUAGAAAUAGGUGUCGUGGCGGAGAAUGUUUACGGCAGUCAGGUCAUUACUCAUAAUGGAACAGGCCACGUGGGACGCAUACACUGGUUCGACGAAAGAAAUGGAUCCGUUUUCCAUAAAGUAGCUCAAAUUUCAAGUAUGAGGAACCGCAAACUGGACCUCAUCAUAGCGCCAGACCCUAUGAGAGGAAAGUCGGUGAAAUUCAUCAGACCGGAGUCGUUUUAUAAGGAAUCGUGGAACAAUAGAUAUCGUCUCUCAUCUAGCACGGAGUACCCCCUGGAACCUCCUUUGUCCGACCACCUCGACUACACCAGCAAACUCAUCCACAACCUGGAGUGGAAUUCGACCACCAUACUCAGUGACAGGGAAAUCAGUGUUGACUCGCAUAGCCUGGCAAGGGGCCUAUCACGGCUUGGCGUCAAGUCAGAACUGGUCUUCGUGAAGAAAGACGGUAACCUGAAGUUCCUGGCACCGAUUAUGGAACAGAUUGGCAUGGACAAUAUGAAACUCAGACUACGAUUUGUCCUAAUGUGUUCCUUACCACUUAUCAGGCAAAUUCUUAAAGAGGCUGAGGACUUAGACGCGUGUUUUGGGAAAGGUUCCUUGUUUCGCCAUUUUUCUCAAUGGAUUCUGCUACUGCCUCGAUCUACCCUCAGAGUCAUAGAGGGAAUGGACCUGAAGCUGGACCAUGUCGCCGUCAUCAGCAGGUCAUACAAGAACUUCGACAUCAGAAAAUUAACACAGUGGGUAGUGAACACAACCUUGGAAGUCUUGUCGACAGAGCAGACCUGGAACAGAUCUGAUGCCACGGACCACUUUCUUCGCAUUGUCAGAAGAGAGGACGACAUGAGAACAGUAAACACCAUGUUACACACGUUGCUAUGGAAACCUCAUGGCCGGAAGUUAUCGUCCGUCCAGCAUGAUGCUUCUCACGAUGAUGUGUUCCCGAAUCGGAAACUAGGACUGAACCAGAGGAAGCUGAGAGCCGCGGCACUUGAGUGGCUACCAUUUGUAAAGAGAUACGAACAGAAAGAUGGAAGUGUUGUCUACAAACAAGCCAGCAUCGAGCUGGCGAACCACCUCGGAAGUGUCCUCAAUUUUACGUACUCUGUAUCCGAGCCGGCCGACAAAGAAUGGGGACUUCCGGUUUCCGGGAAUUACACAGGCAUGCUCGGCAUGUUGCAGAGAGCGGAAGUAGAUUUUGUUGCGGUUCCGGUGGGUUACACACAAGACCGAGACCUCGUCGCUGACUACCUGCCAGUUAUCUUUGAGUCGACCGGCGGAAUGUUAUUGAGAAACUCGAGGAGCAGUGCCAGGUUGUCAAGUGCCCUGACGGAUCCAUUCCGCUGGCAGGUGUAUGCCGUAGGAGGCGCGGUCUUAAUUGGGGUAAUCCUGCUCUACCUUGCAAUGGAAUGGAAUAACCCAUUCUACACCGAUGCCAAAUCCAUGGAAAAGGGAUUAAAACCAGCGGGUUUCCUGGACACCGUGAUGUAUCUGUUUGGCUCGACCAUUCAUCAGGGUGGCGUCCAUCUUCCGGAGUCGAGUUCCGGCCGGAUGCUUAUUAGUUUCUGGUGGUUGUUCAUUAUUGUGAUGACUGCAGCCUACAGCGGCAACCUCAUUGCUUCUCUCACCGUCACCAAAGAAUCAUUUCCAUUUACUACCUUAGAAGACUUGCUUGCAGAUGAGGACCUUAGAGUUGGUUUGGCCGAAGGAACAGUCCUUCAAAGAGUUAUGAUGAUGUCUAACGACAGUAAGAUCAGACGGUUAUGGGAAAAGAUCGAGGCCUCCCGAGGCAUGGACAGCAACACAUUUAAUAAAAACGUCACCGUCCAAAGGAAAAAGGUUCUGAAUGAGAAUUAUGCCUUUAUCAGUGACAUUAUCGAAUUAGAAGUGAUCACCAGAAGUUUUUGUGACUUGUAUAUCCUUGAGGAAACCUUCCAACCUGGACAAUACAGCCUUGUAUUGCAACAAGAUUCACCACUGAAAGAUAUGUUUUCUAAAGAAAUCAGACUGGUGGAGGAGAUUGGCUUGAUGCAGUACUGGUUAAGGAAGUGGAACCCGAGGCACAACGAUAGUGCAUGUUCUUCUACGGAGGCUGGGGCCAAACCUAUAGGCCUGGAGAAGCUGGUGUCAGUGUCACUCGCUCUCCUGGCGGGGAUACUGUGUUCGGGACUGUGCCUUCUCAUUGAGCUGGUCGUCAAGGCUUCAGCAACGCUCAUGUGAAACACACAGAACCAGGGGCGCCUGGUUUCACCAAGCCAUGGUUAGAUCGCAUGCUGACCACGCACACUGAGGCGUAGUAUCAUUGUGAAUCACUUUGCAUGUGCUGCGUAUUUGCUGUGGUCCCGCUGCUAGACGUUGCUCAAACUUACGGAAACGCUCCUCUACUGUAGCACAUCGACGUAAAACUGAAUCUCCGAAGUUGACAACGUCACGCUGUUGUUUCUGUUGUUCGAGAUGAUUCUGAGCCAUGAAUUCACUAAACGUGGAUUCGACAAACUGGUAAACCUGACACAACCACAGGUCAUUAUGCCAAAUUAACCAUAACAUGUAUUAAGUCGGAGAAAUCAUUCGAAUCUCAUGAUUUAGGAAGUAGAAUCAACUCGCCAAUUCGGGGUUGGUUAAUUUUAAUUCUUGAAUCAACAGGUUAUCAUGAAUACUCCAUUACCUUAUCACCGCUGUUGUUCCUGCUUCGCGUUGCUCGUGUUUUGACGACAGAGGAGCCCGGUCGCCCAGCUUUCGUAGCAUUGGAGAUACAACCAUAAAUUGCAAUGAUAUUAUCGAGAUUAUUUUCACAUGAACAAUAUUUUUCUUAUUCGCCUUUUCUCCCCUCUGUUGCUAACACAGACACCAUGGGAUUAUUUGAAAUCUCUUCCCAAGUCAUUUCUGAAUGUAUAAGACUGUAUUACUUAUCUUUAUGAGGAAUGGCGCAAUGGCAAGGAAUGUCAAUAUUAAGGACUCAAAUGUUUUAUCGUUGGAAAGUCUUUUCUAAAUAUAUAAAACUGUAUUAUUUAUGACAACACUGAGAGGACAACUCUCGGGCCGCCGCUAUGACACACACAAAAACAAAUUCAUUCUUGUCACAACAUAGGGUCGCCAAUGAUAGAUGUAAACCAUCACCGGUGGAUAAAGGCGAUGCAAGAAUGUGGCGUCAUCAGUCCUUUGAUCCUGAUCCGGAAUUGUUCUAGUUCUAUUGACUAUGGGUGAGAAGUGUACCUUAUCGCUUCCUUGCGUUCUUUUAAGUUCCUUCAAGGCAUUCCCUGCCACGAUUGAAACCGGCUGCCAACCUGUAUGGUGUCAUAGGAAUGGGGCAUCCUUACCUAGCGUCGUAUCUCAUAUCUUUAUGGAUGGCUUUUGAUGUUAUGCCCUUUUUAGCAAACACCGGAUCAUUUCAUGUUCCUUAAUUUAUUAAAGUUCACAGUCCCGUGCAUAUUUUACUGACUUGUCACAGCGUAAGACUUUGCUCAACUGACUCAAGUGUUUGUGGAUAUACUUCUAUGACAUCAUGUAAUGCCAACAAUGCCACCGUUAUGCAAUUCCUUCUAUAUGAGUCUCAGGACUUUUCAAUCAAACCUCAUACUUUCACUACCCCGUAAACAAAACGUCUCAUUGGUAAUGACAUUUUCCAUACUUUUUGGUCAGGUCGUUUUCGAGUGAUGCGUAUUGAUGACUUUUAUGGUGUUAUCUACAUUUUGAGUGAAGAAUAUGAGUGUUAUAGCUGCGUGUUGUUAAAUAUUGGAUAACAUUGUUAAGAAUAGAAGUCUACAGGUACCCAUUUCAAUGUUACAAAAUGCUAAAGCUAUAAGAUGAUGAAGGGAAAACGAAUUGGAUCUCUGGUGUAAGAAGAGAAGACAAAAGAUACUGGUAAUGAAAACAUAUUUUUAAAUACAUUUAAACAAAGACUAUAAGAUAUAUUUCACCAACAAAUUUAUUCUUCCCAUUUUCUCAAGCAUUAUGCUUAUAUCAGAUCAUAGUUACAACCAGAAAAAUAUAUCUCUAUUGAGCGCUCUUUGUAAAUUUAUAAUAUCUCUCCAUAAUUUCCAUGUCAAUAAAUGUCGUAGAACCAAGAAUGUUGAUUGUAUUGUAUAUGUACUAACUGUACCAGCCAGGAGAUUAAAGUUUUAAUUUUUUUUAUCCCCUGCCACGAAGUGGAAGGGAGGUAUAGGAAUCGGCACUGUCCGCCCGUCCUUCCGUACAUCACGUUUCAUUUCUAGAGCAGAACUAAAAAAUCAUGAGAUAUCUUAACCAAACUGUGCCCCUUUAAUAGGGCUAGUAGCGGUGAAAUGGUGCCUUCGGAUAGUUUGGGAUUUUUGAAAAAUUUACUUUUUGAUUUAAUUUCCAUGUCAACGACAACGGUAGUGCCCGUUUCCGGCGUAGAUCUUGAAAACCGCACAGUAUUUCUUCACCAAACUUGACACAUAGAUAGGUCUGGUAGUAAACUGGUGCCUUUUGAUAGUUUGGGAUUUUAAAAACAAAUAUUUUUCGAGUUUCCAUACUACUGAAAAUGGCGGUAGUGCUCGUUUCCGGAGAGCUUAUGCCAUGCACACAUCCGAGCCGGCAUUGGCUGGUGAUAUGAGUAUUUCAUGAUUACUUUAUUUGUGAAAAUAUAAAACUUUAAGAUCAAAGUUUCUAUCUAAUGUAAAUAUUACAAAGACAGUCAAUGAUAAAUUUGUUGAAUUAAAAAAAUUAAGAUGUUAUCUAAUUGUUAGCCAUGUGUUUAAAACAUGGUGAAUAUAUAUUAUGCUUUGUUCAAGAUCACGUUGAUGUUGUUGAUUACUUGUUAAAAUUACACUUCACUAUGGGCUAUGUUGCCUAACAUACUGA